CUUGCAGAGGUUGGCAACGCAAACGGUAGAACGUUGCAUUGUGGGAAAGCGAACCUCAUCGUGUUGCCACGACCAUCACACGUAUUGCUCGUUCAUUCUCUCAGCACCUAUUGUGGAACUGGUAUAGUUAUUUGACGCUCCUUCUCGAAAACAUACAAAACAGCCAUGGGAAAGGAAAAGGUUCAUAUUAACAUCGUCGUCAUUGGACACGUAGAUUCAGGUAAAUCCACCACAACUGGACACUUGAUCUACAAAUGCGGCGGUAUCGACAAGCGUACAAUUGAGAAGUUCGAGAAGGAAGCACAAGAAAUGGGCAAGGGAUCCUUCAAGUACGCUUGGGUUUUGGACAAAUUGAAGGCCGAACGUGAGCGUGGUAUCACCAUUGACAUUGCCUUGUGGAAGUUCGAAACCUCCAAAUACUACGUCACCAUCAUCGAUGCCCCCGGACACAGAGAUUUCAUCAAGAACAUGAUCACUGGAACCUCACAGGCCGAUUGCGCCGUCUUGAUCGUAGCCGCCGGUGUCGGUGAAUUCGAAGCCGGUAUCUCCAAGAACGGACAAACCCGUGAACACGCCUUGUUGGCUUUCACCCUCGGUGUAAAACAACUGAUCGUUGGUGUCAACAAGAUGGACUCCACUGAGCCACCAUACAGCGAGAACCGUUUCGAGGAAAUCAAGAAGGAAGUAUCCUCUUACAUCAAGAAGAUCGGUUACAACCCAGCAGCUGUUGCUUUCGUACCAAUCUCUGGAUGGCACGGAGACAACAUGUUGGAAGUUUCCACCAAGAUGAACUGGUUCAAGGGAUGGAACAUUGAACGUAAAGAAGGCAAGGCUGACGGCAAAUGCUUGAUUGAAGCUUUGGAUGCCAUCUUACCUCCAGCUCGUCCCACCGACAAGCCCCUCCGUCUGCCAUUGCAAGAUGUCUACAAAAUUGGAGGUAUUGGAACAGUACCAGUAGGCCGUGUUGAAACUGGAGUCUUGAAACCAGGCACUGUUGUUGUAUUUGCCCCAGCCAACUUGACCACUGAAGUUAAAUCCGUUGAAAUGCACCACGAAGCCUUGCAAGAGGCCGUACCCGGAGACAAUGUUGGUUUCAACGUAAAGAACGUUUCAGUCAAGGAAUUGCGUCGUGGAUACGUCGCCGGAGACUCCAAAUCCAGCCCACCACGUGGCGCCGCCGAUUUCACUGCCCAAGUCAUUGUGCUCAACCACCCUGGACAAAUCUCAAACGGAUACACCCCAGUAUUGGAUUGCCACACCGCUCACAUUGCCUGCAAAUUCGCUGAGAUCAAAGAAAAGGUCGACCGUCGUACUGGCAAAUCCACAGAAGACAACCCCAAAGCCAUCAAAUCCGGAGAUGCUGCCAUCGUCACAUUGGUGCCUUCCAAACCCAUGUGUGUCGAAUCCUUCCAGGAGUUCCCUCCAUUGGGUCGUUUCGCUGUCCGUGACAUGAGACAGACCGUCGCCGUCGGUGUCAUCAAGUCUGUGAACUUCAAGGAUGCCUCCGGUGGUAAGGUCACCAAGGCUGCCGAAAAAGCCACCAAGGGAAAGAAGUAGCUAGAUCUACCGAUCUGCUUACUGCAGAUGUUCAACACUGUAAUGAAACACUACUUCCAUCGCAAAGCGUUUCGAAGAAAAAAGGCCUCAUUCAUUCCUUUACUAUAUGUUUUUUGACUCAGCUUUAUAUUUUAUAUGACUAUUUUAUAGAAUAAUAAUUUUAUUUUCUGUCUCUAUAUUAAAAUGAAUUUUAUAUUAAUGUAUGGAUAUUAUGUGCUAAGAAAGAACUUGAAGAGAUUUGCCAGCUGAUGUGUUAUUAUAGUAUGGUAAUAAAUUGAAGCCCAAAAGUAU